UUUAUGUUCAACACGACCUCUUCCAUUGACCAGCUGGACUACUUUCGCGCAUGUCAUGCCACGUCUCGAAUCUUGGAGUAUCAUACAGACUAACUUGUCUAACCCGGAUGGCUACCAGUACCCACCGUUGAUUCCCUUGGAACUACCACCUAUCCCCACAGUGCUUCCCCAACUCUCGUCCCCGCAGCGUUCUCCUGCAUGGCUACCUGACGGAUGGAUCCAUACGACUCAUAUCGUCCCAGCGGCGUAUCCUCGCUCUUCUCCUGAUGUCGUACUCCCAGAGGCCUCCGUCUUUGACGCAAAUUCCAACAAAUCUGAAAGACAGAAGCUAACGGCUGAAAGACUCGAGCAACUACUGGCACUACGAGAGAAGGAAAACGGCAGAACUAGCCGCAACGACAAGCUCUUGUGGCUCUGUUUCAACAAAUACACUCGGAAGAACACGGACGGCAAGGGUCUGACACUCUUCUUCGCUCACGCCAAUGGAUUCUGCAAGGAGAUAUGGGAGACAACUAUCUCAUCCUUUCUCUCGUCGAGAUCCGAACGAUACGUAUCCGAGAUGUGGGUUUGGGACGCUGUCAAUCAGGGCGAUUCAGCGUUGUUAAAUCAAGGCAAACUUAAUUCUCUAUGCCAUUGGCACGAUCCUACCCGUGAUAUUCUCAAUUUCUUGUUUCAUCAUAUACCUUCAAAGCCGUCCUUGUCCGUCCCAACGCACCUCUCACGUGUCACCUCCGCAGAAUCGGCACUUCGCAAGUCUCAGGGAUUCUUCGACCGAAAGAUUGUUAUGGUAGGACAUUCCUUUGGCGGGGCAGUUAGCACCUUGGCAGCAAUCAACUGCCCAGUUCUUUUCGAUUCCCUUUUUCUCGUUGAUCCCGUUAUUGUAAAGCCCGGGUCCCCGCGUUCGUAUGACCUUAUGCGCGGUGCGCUCACCCGCAGAGACAGGUGGAAAAAUAGAGAAGAGGCUACUCUUCAACUACUUUCAUCACCAUUUUUCCAGAGAUGGGAUCCCGCAGUCGUCAAGUCCUAUGCCGACUUUGGGAUGUGCGAGACAGAGGAUGGCCAGGUCACUCUGAAGACUCCUUCAUUGCAAGAAGCGAUCAUGUUUGUCGAUACAUUUACUGGCUGCGAUGAGGCAUGGGUUAGAUUAUACAGAGGAGAGCUAGACGAGCGGAUAGAAGUACGAUGGGUGGUUCCCGGUUUUGGAGAGAUAGAGCUGGGCAUGCCAGGAGCAACCCAAGAGCGUGUUUCCCUUCGGAAGAACGCGUCGAAUGUCUUAAUUGAUGGCGCUGGGCAUUUGAUAGCCCAGGAAAGGCCAAAGGAGCUCGCAAAGGAAUUAUCCUUGUUCUUGGAAAGGAAGUAUGGCAAGGCCCAAGCAAAUUUAUAAUCAUGUUAGAGUAUGAAAGAAUGAUUGUAUAUCA